AUGUCUGAAGAAGACUUGGACGACGACAUCGGCCUUAAGCCCGUCUGAUUGAACUUUCACGUUCUUUCAAAAAUUGAUGAAUUGUAGGGAGUGAUUGUGGAAAGUUCAAAAGCCAAGUACACAAUAAUCAAACUUCUGGGAGAAGGGGGUUUUGGCGCCGUUUAUAAGUAAGUAGGAUAGAUUAUAAAAAAAAAAGAAAGAUGCAUUUUUUCCAGAGUUCAUGAGACAAACAACAAAGAAAAAUGCUACGCCAUGAAGGUAGAACGAAAAAUAGAAACAAGACGUCAUUCUAAGCUCAAAAUGGAAGUUUACAGACCGGAAAUUGUGGUAGAUUAUCAAAAGAAAGUUUCAGAUAAUGAUCCUGAAAGUAGUGUCGGCGGAAAGGAAACAGUCGCACUUCACCACGAUAGCCGACCGCGGAAAAAAGGAAAAAGAAGGAUUCUUUUUCCUGGUGAUGGAACUAGUCGGCAAGAGCCUGGCUGAUCUGAAGGGAGCCCGACCAGAUAAGGUGUUUUCGCCGCCGACAGGUCUCAGCGUCGCGCAGCAGUGCCUUGAGGCCUGCGAAGACCUCCACAAGUACGGCUUCAUACAUCGUGAUCUGAAGCCGGCGAACUACGCCUGUGGCAUAAAGGAUAAACACAUCGUUAGUCUUUCCCCGAUGGAUCUCACUUCGGAGGUAAUACAGAUUUACAUACUUGACUUCGGAAUCGCUCGCAAAAUUUUGAACGAGAAGAAUGAGCUGAGAGCACCUCGGGAAUCGGUUCGAUUUAAGGUUCUCUAUGCAAUUUGAAUGCUGAAAGCUGAUCUUGGAUAGGGAACAGUAAAAUUCGCCUCUAUAUCGUGUCACAAGAACGUAGAACUCGGAUGGAAAGAUGACUGCGAGAGUUGGUUCUAUCUACUACUUGAUCUUGUCGUCGCAUCAGGUCAAUAAUUAUUUGAAUCUUUUUAGAUUUCUGCAGUUCAGGUCUUCCUUGGAGACGAUUAAGCGAUAAACACGAGGUCCAAAAAGUCAAGGAGGAGUGCCGAACAUCAAAAAGAGUAGAGUUCACUUUGAAAUUACUCCUCUACACCGCAAAUUUCCACAGAAUCGGUGCUAAAAGACAGUUGGAGAGUUCAUAUAAACUUUUAUAAUCUAGAGUUCAUACCGCUGUGAGACCUUUUGACUUAAUCUAAAGCUUCUUCUUGUUCUUAAGAUAAAAGUGUCGAUUUUUUCAUUUGGAAAACCAGAAAUGAUGUUAGGGAAGACGACUUAAAACCCAUUUGCAUAAUCAAACGAAAUUGUGCCGUUGCAAAGAAUGGACACGAUUUUAUCUGGUAAGAAAUUGAGAGAAAUUUUUGCCUUUUCAAAAAAAAAAAUCAUUUAUUUUUGCAGGUUUUGGCUGAACUCAUAGAUUAGAAGGACAGUUUGUAACUGUCAAUUUACAAUGCUGAUAUGUAUAGGGACCACAGCCCUAUUUUUCGAACUUAAGCUAGCUUCUCGUUUUUGUUAUAAAAAUAAUGAUUUUAACAUUUAGUAUGCGAAAAACAGAAAAAGAAAAAAACGAAAAAUAUUAAGAAUAAGAGGAGAAAACAAUAUUUAAAAGUAAUCGAAAAGCAAAAUUUUUUGCACUGAAAAUUUGGAUUUGCGAAUUCUCAUGCAAUCUGCGCGCACUCUUAUUUGCAAGGGCGGCACGGUUUCAGGAGCCAAAAGAGAAGGUUUUACGAGCUGUAAUUCCACUUUACCUUCACUUUCGUCUCAGUGACUGCACAAAUACCGCCUACAGUGCUUUUUGAGUCACAUGAAAAUGCGAUUUCGCCCACUUUUAUUCACCUUUUUUGUUGAAAAAAUUUUUUCGGCGAUCUUGAAUUUUCGAUUUUUUUGCUUUUUUGUUUGAAAAUUAAAAGCUCUUAUGAAUGAGUAAGAAAAAACGCGUGUCUUCGACCGGGAAAUGUUUCAAAACAACUCGCAAAAAAUUCUCCAGCUUUUUUACCACUCAAAAACAGUACAUUUUCUUGUAGUUGUCAACGAGUAUUAUUUGAGCAAUGUUUUUCUCAAUAUGAAAAAAGCAUAAAAACCUUCUAAUACUGCAUUGCAAUUGAGAAAACAAUUUUUGACUUUGCGUGCCUCUCAAUUUUUUCGGCGAUCAUAGAACUUUCAUUUUUUCGGCUUAAAAAAUUUCAUUUGCUGUUUAUAAGUCGUUUUCAAAAAAUUAACUUUGUCCGCGACCUACAUGAAUAUCAAAACGCAAAACUAAGUUUAUUUUUCGAACUAGCAUCACUAUUCCGUACGACACUCCGUUGAAACACAUGGAAAGUACCUAAAAACCUUUUCAACGGAAAGAGGAACCUUUGCUACAUGUAUGCUGAAAUUUUUAUCAUUUGUCAUUUUAUUUUUGUUUCUAUCGGCUGUACGAAACAAUCAAAGACGAAACACCGAAAAAAUGGCCUUUUUUCAUCUCGAAAAGGGGCGGGGCUUUGCGGUCGCUAGAUAUAUAUUCUCAUACUAUCCUUUCCAUCUGGAACGAAAAUUGGAAAAUGAAAGAUAUUUGAAAGAAAAUUUCGUUAUUUGUUUAUCUACACAUUUUUACGAGAGAAUUGUCCAAGAUUUCUGAGUAUUUGAGCUGGCAAUGACUCGAACCAGUUUCAUAAAAUAGAAACCAUUUUGUUAGGCACCACAAGCCAUUUCUCGAAAAAAGUAAUGCGUAGUCGAAUCUUACACCAUCUGAUAGAACAUGCUUUCCAAAAAUCAAAUCAAUUUAGCUUUUCGAAAAAUUUUGAUCUUGAGCCGAGUUAUGAAGCUUUUAGUGACGCGCGAGAAAGCCGAAAAAUCUGGCGUUUUCCGAGAUUUCGGCUGCCGCCGCAUUGUUUUGACUCGUUUUCCAUUCAUAUUCAACCGUUUUUGAAUCUGUUUUUGUUGAAAACUGAUGAAAAUGCUUCUCUGAGUUUUAUUCGCAUAGUUUAGGGUUUUUACAAAAACAAUUAGUUCGAAAAAUAAGAAAAAAGGAUCCUCGGCACCAACGGAAAAAAACUUAUAUGAUAUUUUCUGUUCGAUCAUCAAGAUAAGGCACUCUUACAGUUACAUAAACAAGAUAAUGACAAAUAAUAUCAAUUAUCAUAGAAAAACACAAAUUUUUAAUUUCGGAUUUCCCAUUUUUCGCCCGUAAAACGAUUAUUUUCCUUCAGAACGGCGCAAUAUCACGCACACGACACGCUUCGACACGCAAAAAUAAAAUAAAAAAUUGACCGUUCUCGGUCAUUCAAAAUGCUCAUUCUUUUUUCGGCACCGCCAGAUUUUUUAAAAUUUUUUUCUAAAAAUGUGAAAUUGUAAAGGCAAAAACAUAUCCAAAAAGAAAACGUGAAACGAUAUUGCUCUUGUGAAACGCUCCAAAAAACGUAAUUCAUUUUUGCGUGCGUUUUUGUAAAUACAAAUUUAAACUUAUUUUGCUCGGUUUUUUGAUGCCUUUUUUCUGUUUUCACGUUAUUUAGACUUUUUUUUUCAAUUUUUAAACAAAGAAAAUCACUAGGUUGUCGCGGAAUUUUUUUCGCAUUUUUGCUCCAAACUUUUGUAUUUUUUGAGUGUAACUUUACAAGCUUCGUUCUUUUUUCGGCACCGCCAGAAUUUUUUUGUUUUAAUAUAUUUUUUGAAGGAUGUCAUAAUGAAUAAGAUAUCCAAAAUUCAGAUGUGAACCGCAUGUAGUUUCGUGAAACGAGUUUUUUUUGUGAACUGUAUCGACUUUUUGUGGAAAUUUCCUUUUUUUUUGGGUUACAUUUCGAAAAUUGCUGGAUUUGAAAGUCAUCUAGUUUUGUAGAGCGAUGUCGAUUACAUAGGAAAGUAAGAAGUAUGAAUUUUUCAACUUGCGCUUUGCUCACUAAAAUAGCUUCAAACCAGUUUUUCACCCGAAUUGUCGUUAAUUUUGGUGCGAUGAAGGGGCGAGGCUUUGCCGCAAAGCCUUUGCGCUCCCUACAUUUUGUGAACUAUUUGUCUAUAGAGUUUCCAUAAUGAUACCACUGUAUAGUCUCUGUGUACCACGACUUGGAAUUUCACCGAACGACAUUCCGCUGUUCCGCUGCGUGCCUCUGAUUUAUCGUUUUAUUUAAGAACUCGACCAGCCCGUGUUCCUAGUUGAACAGUCCUUCUAUGAGGAAUGAGAACGAAUCCAAAGCGAGACCGAGGACGCUGUUUCGCUGCCUCGCAAAGACGCUUCGCGACGCAGCGAAACAGCGGAAUGUCGUUCGGUGAAAUUUCAAGUCGUGGCACACAGACCAUACAACGUAAAUUAUUUGGGGUGAAAAAAGCUUUGUUCCCCGAUUUUCGAUAUUUUCGACUUUGAAAAUUCGAAGCUAAAGAUAUAGUAAAAAUCUUGAAAGAGUUACUUUUUAGGAGUCAAUGAUCGGAUCACUGAAGUGCAAAGAAGAACUCGGGAAAAUUAUGGAUUACAUCGACUCGUUGAAGUAUCCUGAUAGGGUUGAUUAUCACUACGUCUACAAACUCCUUGAAGAAGUCUUUUUAUCCUGUGUUCUAUUUAAAACCCUCAAUUUAAGGGAGCAAUUGUUUGUGGCGGUUCAAUCUCCGCUCCCUACGACUGGGAAUGA